AUGGGGAAACUCGAUGAAGGGACCCCAGAAUCCGUACCGCUAACUCGCAAGCGGUCGGAAUCAAUUGCUUCGCAGACUUCAACCGAAUCCGACCUAUCGAUCGCCUCCGCAGCGUUCAUGGAGGGUUACAAGGGAGGCAACACUAUACCGAUAGACGGAGACGGGGAGAGAUACCGGGAUCUAGAAGAUGGAGGAGAAGAAGGGUCAGAUGAGCCUCUUAUAACCAACGGAAAGAAGAAGACAGGCUCGUCAAAUCGUCUGCGCCAGAUUCUCUGGUUGCUCGUGCUGCUCUGUGUCGGCGGCUGGGUGCUUGCCUUUGUGCUGUUUCUAACGCAGAAACGGCCCGAUGCCGCGGCACUCUCAUCUAUAUCAACGGUGGAGAUCCAUGAGCCGGAUUCUGCGACCGGUGGCACCAGCUACGGAAAGCCCGUGACCCUUCAGCAGGUCUUGACGGGCGCUUGGCAACCCAGGUCCCACGCAAUUUCUUGGAUCGCCGGUCCGAACGGCGAAGAUGGUCUUCUGGUUGAAGUAGGCGAGAAGCAAGAUGCAUAUCUGCGAGUGGAGGACAUUCGCAGUAGUAAGGAUGCUGUCAGCAACCUUGAGACCAAAGUGUUGAUGAAAAAGAGUUAUAUAUGGGUCGAUGGCAAAACCUACCACCCAACCAAAACAUGGCCAAGCCCCGAUCUGAAAAAGGUGCUGGUGAUGACCGACGCUCAGUCUAAUUGGAGACACUCGUUCUUUGGGAAAUAUUGGGUGUUUGAUGUGGCGACGCAAAAGGCCGAGCCACUGGACCCUGGCAACCUGAGCGAGCGAGUCCAGUUGGCAGUUUGGUCGCCCAAGUCCGACGCAGUCGUCUUUGUUCGCGACAACAAUCUUUACUUGCGUAAGCUGGGUUCCUUGGAGGUCACCCCCGUUACUAAAGAUGGCGGCGAGGACCUCUUCUAUGGAAUUCCGGAUUGGGUGUAUGAAGAAGAAGUCUUCCAAGGCAAUACUGGCACUUGGUGGUCCAACGAUGGGAAAUUUGUCGCGUUUCUUAGAACAAACGAGUCCGCUGUGCCUGAAUACCCUAUUCAGUACUUCCUUUCUCGGCCGUCAGGAAAAGCGCCACCCCCAGGGCUUGAAAAUUAUCCCGAAGUCAGGCAGAUCAAGUACCCCAAGCCAGGCAGCCCGAACCCAAUCGUUAACCUCCAGUUUUAUGAUGUCGAGAAAAAUGAAGUAUUCUCAUUUGACAUGACAGAUGACUUCGACGAUGCUGAAAGAAUCAUCAUUGAGAUUGUUUGGGCGUCUGAAAGCAAGGUCUUAGUUCGUGAGACCAACCGCGAAAGCGACGUUGUCAAGAUAUUUGUGAUGGACACCAAGGCCAGAACUGGCAAGCUUGUGCGGUCGGACGACAUCACAGCUCUUGAUGGUGGUUGGGUUGAACCUUCACAGUCGACCCGGGUCAUUCCUGCUGACCCCGAAAAUGGCCGUCCACACGACGGCUAUAUUGACACUGUUAUAUACGAAGGUUAUGAUCACCUGGCGUAUUUCACACCCUUUGAGAACCCCGAGCCUGUGAUGCUGACCAAGGGGAACUGGGAAGUUGUCAAGGCCCCAUCGGCUGUGAACUUGGAGAAGGGCCUGGUAUAUUUUGUUGCUACAAAACAGGCCCCAACUCAACGUCACGUUUACUCGGUCAAAUUGGACGGGACCGACCUUCGCCCCCUGACUGACACAACUAAACCCGGCUAUUUCGACGUUUCGUUUUCCGACGGCGCCGGGUAUGGUUUGCUCAGCUACAAAGGGCCGGCAGUGCCGUGGCAAGCCAUUAUCAACACCCAUGAAGAUGAAAUAGAUUUCGAAAGCAUCAUUGAGGAGAACGCCGACCUCGUCAAGAUGGUUGAGGAUUUCGCUCUUCCGGCAGAGGUGUACACCAAUGUAACAGUUGACGGUUACACGCUCCAAGUCCUCGAACGCCGUCCUCCACACUUCAACCCUGCCAAGAAAUACCCGGUGCUCUUCUUUUUGUAUGGUGGACCAGGUUCGCAAACAGUCGACCGCAAGUUCCAAAUCGACUUCCAAUCGUAUAUUGCCUCGAGCCUGGGUUAUAUUGUCGUGACUGUGGACGGACGCGGUACAGGCUUCAUAGGCAGAGAAGCACGAUGCAUUAUUCGUGGUAACAUAGGCCAUUAUGAAGCCCAUGAUCAGAUCGAGACCGCCAAGAUUUGGGGAAGCAAGAGUUACGUGGACGAGACUCGCAUGGCAAUUUGGGGCUGGAGUUAUGGUGGCUACAUGACCCUGAAGGUGCUCGAACAGGAUGCAGGCGAGACAUUCCAAUAUGGCAUGGCCGUAGCACCAGUGACUGACUGGAGGCUCUAUGAUUCUAUUUAUACGGAACGUUACAUGCAUACCCCGGAGCACAAUCCUUCGGGCUAUCAGAAUUCCUCAGUGAGCGACGUCGAGGCCUUGAGCAAGAGUGUUCGAUUCUUGAUUAUGCACGGUGUUGCCGACGAUAACGUUCAUCUUCAAAACACUUUGGUAUUGAUUGACAAGCUGGACUUGGCGAACAUUGACAACUAUGACAUGCAGGUCUUUCCUGACUCUGAUCAUUCCAUCCAAUUCCAUAUGGCGCAUUCACUUGUUUACGAACGUCUCUCGAGCUGGCUCAUCAAUGCGUUCAACGGCGAGUGGCAUCGUAUCGCGAGCCCACGACCUACGCCAGUAUAA